AUGCCGGAUGUUAAUGGAUUCCCUUUGAGGAGGGGAGGAGGGAGGGGACAAGGCCAGAGUUGGGCYCGGUGCGCACGCAUUCUCACGCCCCGCCGUGCCACAGGUUGGCUGGCACCGAGCGCCUUGCUCCCCUCCCACUGGCACCGGAGGAGAGGCGGCCAGGAUGGAUGCCUGCCGCCCGUCUCGGGUUGCCGUGACGGACAGACCCCAGGGCUCCGGGGCUCUAGUGCCACGCAGCAAGGCCCCUGGAGGCGAGCCUUGCCUUGGCAGAAGAAGCAAAGUUGGAUCACAGGAUGUCUAUGUCCCACACCACUGGAAACAUUACACUGUUUAGCUGGUAUCGCAACACCUAACAUCCGCUGGGAAGUAGUAGCCAGCAAUGAAAGGACCAAGGCAUUGACAUCUUCGGGCCAGUCUCUGUUCGGAUAUCAGACAGCAUGCCAACCCCUUAAAUCAAGAAACAGCUUCCUAAGAUCUACAGAGAUACUUGCAGGAACACCUCAGCAUGCAAGAGACCAAAAGUGGCAGGCAAAAACCCAGCACCUCAAUCAGUGGCUGAGACUGGAUGAGAAACUCUCUCCUGGGCACACAGCAGAGUGGACAACUUGGAAGGUGCUAAACAGGCUGCACUCUGGCAUCACAAGAUGCAGAAUGAACCUUAAGAAAUGGGGCUAUGGAGUGGAGCCCAUGACAUGUGAAUGUGGAGAAGAGCAAACCAUACAUAAACCACCUAUUACAAUGCAAUCUGAGCCCUGCCACAGGCACAAUAGAGGACCUUCUCUUAGUGACACCAAGGGCACUCCAAGUGGCCAGCUUCUGGUCAAAGAAUAUUAUUUAGUAUAAUGCCAAGUUGUUAAACUUUGUUUGUGUUUUUAAAUGCAUUUUAAUUGUAUCCUCAACUUACUUCUGACAUGACAAAUAAAAAUAAUUAAAUCUUAAGCCAAACAAUAUGAGAUACAGGCCUUUGAUAUUAGAUGUUGCAUCUCACUAAUCAGAGGCCCUUCACCCAAAUCACCCCUUCAUGAUCUGGCAGUGGGAUGGAGGAGUAAUUUGGGUGAAAGGCCUCUGGUUAGUCAGAUGCAACACCAAGCUCCUAACCUCCAGCUUUCCUCCAUCCCAGCAAAGAAUGUAAUGUAUUGUUGAAUGCUUUCAUGGCUGGAAUCACUAGGUUGUUGUAGGUUUUUCAGGCUGUAUGGCCAUAUUCAAGAAGCAUUCUCUCCUGACGUUUUGCCUGCAUCUGUGGCAGGCAUCCUCAGAGGUUGUAAGGCGAGGUUGUGGGCAAAACAUCAGGAGAGAAUGCUUCUCAAACAUGGCCAUACAGCCUGAAAAACCUACAACAACCCAAAGAAUGUAAUGUAUAUUGAUAGAGGUCUGGGUUGCCUAUUAGAUGUAAUAGGCUCUGGCAGUUUUACUUGUGACCUUGUUCUUCAUCUCAGCCUUAAUUGCCACCGGAUCUGUGUUGUGUAUUAUGGAGAUAAAGCUGGAUAAAGUUGAAAUAA